GCGCGGGGCUGGGCUUCGACCUGCUUGGGCUGCUGCUGCUGCUGCAGCCGCCGCCACUUCCCCUCCGGAUGCGUCCUCGCCCGCCCCCCACCCUCCGGCCGCGCUGCCUCGCAGCUCAUCCUCCUCCGCGCGAGGGACGUUUCCCCCCAGCGCCUCGCCUCCGUGCACAAUGACCAGCGGCCAGGAGUGCGGGCAGGUGCAGGCCAGGUGAGCCCGGGGCCCAGCGCGCGGGAAGCGGGCGGCGGCGAGGCGAGGCGAGGGUACCUCGGCGAGGCUCGAGUGGCACCAGCGCCGAGCCCUCGCUCGCUCGUUUCGGCGCCAAAGGUCGCCCACCCCGCGCGCGAGGAGAGCGGCUUGGAGCGCGAGCGCGCGCGCUUCCUCGCGUCCCCGGCGCCUGGACGUGGCGGCGGAGGGAGCACGCGGCGCUCGGCGCGAUAACAACAACAACAACAAUGAAGGGCGCCAUUGCAUAAGCCGAGGAGGAUAAUAAGUCCUGGCACUGAGGGGAGGGAGGAUGGCGGGAACGUUUCCACACCGUCGCCAAGGAUGGGGGAAAUGAGGGAUGGGGGACAUGAAUCGAUCCCUUCGCUCGAGGGGCGGUGUUCUGUGGUUCUUUGUGCCUUCCCCUCUUCUUCACGGAGGCAGGGGAAGUCCCCCCACCACCCGGUGCUCGGCUCCCCUCUCCCCACAGCCGCUGGGCGCGUCUCUUUCUCCUGAGGGAAGGCGCUGGCGGGGCGCGCGCGCCUUUGGGAGAGGCAGAGUGGAAGAUGGAGACGAAGGCUGCGCGCGAUGAUGGACCCCGGGGCCGGUGAUUUCGCCUUGCUCCUCCGUGAUCCGGAGGCAGGGCUGGGCAUGGGGAGAGGGCCGCGUUUGCUGACUGGUAGGUAGUCAAAGCGAGGGUAGGGUAGUCAAACCGAAACGGAAUACAGAAGAGCUCGCCAGGCGGAAUGGAGUGUGGCCUGGAUAGCUCAGUUGGUUAGAGCGUGGUGCUGAGAACAGCGAGGUUGCGGGUUCGAUCCCUUGCAGAUUCCUGAAGUUGCGCUGACCAAAGGAUCCUCGGGGACCCUUCCAACUCUAUGAUUGUAUGGUGCUACGCACCUAUGAUUCUAAGUGUGUGGUGGUGUAAGUAGGUUUCAAGGGACCCGCACAGAGACAAAGAAAUACCCACACCACAUAUUUGCACUCUCCAUCUGUGGGAAAAGUGAAAUGAAGGUUGGUGAUCCUUUAGGAAAGGGAUCAGAAGCAAAGCUUGCAUGGUGCCACCUAACAAAUCCAGGAUGUGACCCCCCCCACCUGCCGGAAUGGUAUGCGCCAUUCUGAUCCACUGCACCUCAAAAUGGAUAUUGUAGGCAGAAAAAGUUACCCAAGAUGAUCUCUCUCCAGAAAGGUUGCAAAGUUUGGGGGCCUUGGGGGUAAAUGGGAGCAUGAUAGAGGUGCAUAAAAUUAUGCAUUGUGUAGGGAAAUUGGAUGGGGAGAAGUUUCUUUCAUGAUACUAGAACCCAGGGCCAUCCACUGAAGUAGCUAAUUAGCUGGAGAUUCAGGAUAAACAAAUGGAAGUACAGUGGUACCUCAGGUUAAGAACUUAAUUCGUUCUGGAGGUCUGUUCUUAACCUGAAGCACCACUUUAGCUAAUGGGGCCUCCCGCUGCUGCCGCGCCACCGGAGCAUAAUUCCUGUUCUCAUCCUGAAGCAAAGUUCUUAACUUGAGGUAAUAUUUGUGGGUUAGUGGAGUCUGUAACCUUAACGGUAUGUAACCUGAAGUGUAUGUAACCCGAGGUACCACUGUACUCAUUUGCACAGAAUUUGCAUAGCUGGGAUGUUAGGGGAGAGGUAGUACUUCUGGUGGGGGACAUGUCAUGCUCCUUCUGGGGUAGUUAGUCCACCUGCACAGGAAAAACUUUAAGAACUUGAAAUGUGCUACUUAAAUACUAAGUAUUAUCCACUAUAAUCUCCAAUAAUAGGAGCAUCAGCAGUAAAGGUAAAGGUUUUUUCUUUACCUAAUAGGAGAAUAUUGGAAUACUGUAGUGCCUUCCUUUAGAGAAAUCCUUUAUACAGCUUCAGACUCAGCACUUAAGGUGCAAGUAAAGAAAUAGGUCCUUACCAGCAGUCAGGAUGCUUUUCAGCUCUUUACUGAAAUGCCUGAAGGCAACAUCUCUUUCCCUGCUCCCAAAAUAACCAUACACGGUUUCUUAGGCUAGACCUCUGUUCUAGGUCUGUAAUUUUUUUGACCCACAUAUUCUGCAACUUUUGAUUCAAGCAGCUGAGAUGUAUUGCUUGAGAAGAGUGAUACUUUCAAUAUUACUAAUAAGCGGAACAGAAGAAAUAUAAGUAAAAGCAAAUGGUGGGUAUGAGACAGGAAAUACUGCUUAAAUACUGUAUGGCACUAUUAUAUCCUUUGUUCUGCUGCUAUAUUUCAGAGAAAGGACGAGUAAGGCUGGAGCUAGACACAUCAAAGAAGUGAUUCAGUUAAAUGAAUUGUAAACUUCAUACAGUGGUACCUCAGGUUACAGAUGCUUCAGGUUACAGACUCUGCUAACCCAGAAAUAGUACCUCAGGUUAAGAACUUUGCUUCAGGAUGAGAACAGAAAUCGUGCGGCGGCAGUGAGAGGCCCCAUUAGCUAAAGUGGUUCCUCAGGUUAAGAACAGUUUCAGGUUAAGAACGGACCUCCAGAACAAAUUAAGUUCUUAACCCGAGGUACCACUGUACAGGAAAAUCCCAUUGGUGAAAAACGGGACUCCACAGCACCAUCUGGUGUCACAGUGUUAAAACACAUAUAAAGUGCUUUAUAUUUACGAAUGUAUCUGAGUCCUAAGACAGAAGUGUGUAAAAUUAUGCAUGGCAUGGAGGAAGUGGUAAGGUGUUAAGUGGUACAUCAAUUGCUGAAAUAAAUAUAUAAAUAAAACAAGCCAUAUUAAAAUCUUUUAGUGUUUAAUGCACCACUUCCCUCUUCUCAUCCCUGAUCACCUGAUGUGCCACUAUUUCAAAUCUUACAUUCUUUGCUGGUGCACUUGAACACAGGAAACAAUGGUUUGCAAUUAAACAAGGAUCCCAAACCAUGGUUUGAGCCAAGCAUAAAAGCAAAUGUAAUUUGGUCAAUCAUGUGGUUUUGGACUGGAUUUGCUGGGAAUCUUGAAUUACGGUGCAUGGGGUAAAAGGAGGAGCCUGAGGACUGGUUAUGCAAGGAUUGCUAAAUAUAUGGCUCGAGGUUACAUCUGAAUGCACCUAGUUAUAGGCGUGGUUCACACCCUGUUUUGUCUCACAGAGUGAUCACUUUUGCUACCUUGUCAGAGAUAGAAAAUUCUAGAGAAAAGUCUGAGGAGAUUAUGCAAAAACAUAUACCUCGUUGCCCCUGACAAAGAUUCUUAUCAAAAACACAUUGAGCUUUUCAUGGCCUCAUUAAUUGGUUUUACAGGGUGAUGCUUUCUGUAUAUACAGUCAUACCUCGGGUUGAAGUUGCUUCAGGUUGAGCGUGUCCGGGUUGCGCUCCGCGGCGACCCGGAAGUAACGGAAUGCGUUACUUCCGGGUUUUGCCGCAUGCACAGACGGUCAAAAUGAUGUCAUACGUGGAAGCGGCGAAUUGCGAGAUGCGUGGACGCGGGUUGAGUUCGCUUCAGGAUGCGAACAGGGCUCCGGAACGGAUCCCGUUCGUAUCCAGAGGUACCACUGUAUAGUAUAUAUAUUUUAAACUUUUCCAAUUUUUGAAUGCUAAGAAAGUGUUUUAAUUGUGGAGAAAGAAGUUGUUCCUUAGCAAUUAAAAAAAGCACGAAUAGGUUUGUCCUCUGAAGCUACACCCCCUGCCCCCAGUAAUUUGGGGCCUAUUCUUUUUUGUGUGUGUUUUAGGCCUCUAGUUUUUCCUCUCCAGCUGGAAAGAUUAAAAGCUUACUGUUUCUUUUACAUUUAUGAUCCUCAUAAAAUCAUUAGAUACUGCCAUGAGUCAGAGUUAGGUCAUUAUCAAGCAUGUCAUUCUGUGUAUCUCUUUAUAAUACACAGAGGGCUGACAACUCAGGUUUCAAACCACAUACUUCAGUAUUAUCUCACUUUGGAAGCAAUCCUAUGCACAAGAAGCUGGUGAAAAGCAAGAAGACAUAAAGUCAUCGCAGAGCUAAACCCGGUUCAGCAGUAGUGCUGCUGCUGCUGCUCCUCUGCCUAAACCUGGCAGAGGCAAGAAAAUAGUGUUCUCCACCAGGUUGCCAGGUCAUGUGACUGGGCUGAAUGGGCCUAGGAACAUUUAUGGUCCUACCUCCACCAUGCUGCUGGAAUGCCUCUCUUUUGGGACUUAUAUCAAGCUCAGCUCAGCCAGCUUCAGCAUAUCACUAGCUGAGCCACAGAACCCCAGCUGAGCUGGAGAUCUGCUCACCCUGGCAGACAUUGCCACCUUAUCUGCCAGUUUUUGACCCUACUCUUGUAGCCUCUUCUGUUCAUUUGAUACAGAGGUUUUGUGCAAGAGCAGUCUUGAUGGACACUUCCAUAUUGACAAUAAAGUUUAUUCGUUAUCAUUUUUGUUUAUUAAAUCACUUACGUAGUUGUAGAUUGUGCUGGCUUCCCAUACGUAGGAUAGAUCCCUUAAGAUUGUAUUCAACUGAGGCUUACUCAUUAGAACUAAUGCACCUAAUGUAAUUGGGUUCAUUAAUUUCAGUGGGUCUUCUCUGAUGAAAACAUAGUUGAACACUGCUAUAUUCAAUAGAAAAAUGAACAACAAUCAACAGCAUCCUUUUCUUUUUGUAAGUGUGCUUUCUGGAUUAAUUUUUAGACAGAUCUGUGGUAUGCGAAACACUGUUGUCCAAGUGGAUAAAUAAUUUGAAUAAACAUUUUGCAGUGUUGUAAAAUGGUGUUAUUUUAUAAAGAAUUAAAAAAUUGUGUGUGGGGGGGAAUGAAAUUCAAACACAACGUAACCAUAAUUCUGGUACACACAUAGCCUUUCAUUUGUUAUCUCAUGCAAGCAGUCACAUAAACAGUUAACUGGCAUAGAAGGAAAACAAAAGCGUCUAAGGCACUCCUAAGUUUGUAUCAUUAUUCGCAGAUGGAAAGCUUAGUCAUAAGUCUCAAACGGUUCAUAGAGUUGACUAUCAGACUUUCAGGUCAAUGUGAUCAGCUAUCAGUUUUUCUGAAGCUUACUGUUUCCCUAGCAGUGUUAGGAAACUGAGAUAUGAAAGAUAGGAGCUAAAUAGCACCUUACUCCUAGGUUAUGGGCACAACAGUAGAACAUCUAGAUGCACUUUUUGAAUAACAAGAAUACAAAGCUGAAAAUGAAAAGCCAACAAGAUGCCUAUGGGAAACCAGCAAGCAGGUCCCAUUCACAAGAGCACUAUCCCUUCCCACAGUUUGCGGCAAUGGGCAUUCAGAAACAUACUUGUCUCUGACCGUGGAGGCAGAGUAUAGCCAUCAUGACUAGUAGCCACUGACAAUUGUACCCUCCAUGAAUUUGUCUAAUCCUCUUGAAAAGCCAGUAUAUCUGAAUAUAAUUUAUACUAUAUUCAGAUGUAUCUGAACAGCAAUUUAGCUGAAUAUCGUAGAACUAUAUGUUUUAAACAUUCUCUGAUUGUCAGCUCUUAACUUUGUUCUUCUGAGGCUGAGGCUGUGACUGUGUAUUUUUAUAUCCAACACUUUUAUUUAAUGGAUGGUUCACAAUACCAGUAUGCAAUGGAUUGAUAUUUUGUAAUCUGCCCCCCAUCUGAAUAAGUGUCAGCAGGAAACCAUGCACAGAACUACAAAAGUAGAUAUACCUUUAGUUUAAAAUCGCAGCCUGCAUGAACAUAAUGCAUGAAAUUGCAACAUUUAAUAUUAGUGACAAUGCAUUUUGAGAGAAUUACGUUCAAGCUAAAACAAAGGUUUCGUUGUUUCAUUUUUAAUCAGUGCUAUAAUGCUUAUUGAUGUUUUGGAGAAAACAAACAAACAAGCACUCAAAAUGACAGGUCUUCUUCUGCCCUACCCUUCACUACUGUUUUCUUCUUCUCUGGUUUCCUAGGAAAGAAAAUACCAUUUCUCAGUGUCUGUUUUGUGGCUAGAUAGCUUUUUUUUUCCAGUUGCAGAGGCUGUUUUGUUGCAAAACCCAAAAUGACUUGGUGAUAAAACUUCAGGCACAAGCAACAGAAACCCAAAAUGCAGUGCGUGUUUAAAUGUGGAGAGAUGUGGAGGAAAAGGCACACUGAAAUAAAAAUGGCAAUUUUAAAAAGCCACAAUUAACAGGAUUAAGCAGCAUAUUAAGGAAGUAAUUCUAAGAAUGGGAACCUGGCUUAAAGUACAUACGGCAUAUCGAGACUCCGUUCAGGAGCGGGGCUACAGCUGGCUAAGCUGGUCUACGCCUGGCAGAGGGAAAGCAAGCAUUUAAAAUAGAGUUUGAUCUACAGCACACUUUUUGUGUUAUGCCGGGCUGCCAGGUCAUGUGACAGAGCUAAACAGAGUUAGCCCUUGCCUGAUCUUGUCCCUGCCACUUCCUUAGAACACCCAUAUGUGAGGGCUUAUGCUGGUGUAAGUUGACCCUUCUCCUUAAAAAAAAAAAAAAAGGUUUGCUGAAGGAAUAGGAUGCAUGCGGCCAUUCGGGAAAGGGUGGGGUGGGGUGUAAUGUUUACACUCUGGCUCAGAGUAUAUCUACAUCGGCAUUUUUGCCAGUGACAUCUGCACCAUGAAAGCUGAACCAGAAUAUUCAAGUAGCAUCCCAGUACAGUCACAAUCCUGGUUUAGAUGAUUACAGGGAUCUUAUAAAUUUGGCGUUAUUUAUUCCUACUCAUUUGGAGGAGGGUGAAGUGUCUGUAAGCUUAGAGAGAGUCGGUAGGGUGAAAGAGAGAGAGAGAGAGAGACUUGCUUUGUUGGAGGCAGAGUCCUGGGUGUUAUGUGCUGAAAUUCUCACCCUGGGCCAGCAGGGGGAUACUGUAGAUAGUUUCACUGAGGUCCACAUAUGCAAAUAAGGGAUUGAAAGUGACGUUCAGUGAUUGGAUAGUUACAGAAAGUGGUUACUGUUGCGUUGUAGUGGAGCUCGAUAUAAGCAGGCUGGCUGAACCCUUCAGUUCAGUUCAGUUCUGGCCUGUGAAUAACAAGAGCUGUUUGAAGAAUCGCUGUGUCGUCUGAUAUGUUCACCCACAACUUAACACUGGGCACCUGAGGCGGACCCCAAAAUGGCGCCUCCUUCCCCAUCAGGAACUAAGGAUGGUCAGGGAAGAUCUAUAGUGGAACUCAGGGAGAGGGAGAAAGAAAGAUCAACAUUGGGAUGUGCUGCCCCAGUGGACCCUGUUGCCUGAGGCAUCACUUCACCAGGCCUCAAGGGCAGGCCCUUGUCACACACUGAUUCCUCAAUCAGCAGGAUUGAUGUACAAAGCCUUGUGUUGAUGCUGCUGAGCUUUGACUCUCUGUUCUAGUCAUGCUAGCGCAGAAACAGGACUGUGGAGGGGAUAAGGGGUAGUAAAUAUAAGAAUCCUGCACAUUCACUCUCCUAAACAGACAACUUAUUCAUAGACUUCUCUGGUUAAUCUGGUUGUUACAGUAUAGCUUUAUGUGAUGGACAACACAGAAAUGGUUAAUGAAUGAAUGUAUUCACUAUUAUGUUUGUGACUCAGUUGAACAAUUAUUUAAUGCUUCAAAAAUGCUAUAGGAGAGCUCAUAUUUUAGUUCUGCAGUAACAAAAAAAAAUGGUUAUAUGUUCUUUAUUUUCCAGUGAAUCUGAAGUUUCAGCUUUGGAUGAUAAAGGUAACUAAUUUUUGAAAGCCUAUCAGUAGAUUUGUUUUAAAGAAUCAUUAAUUCUGUUGAAAUAGAUGUGGAUCAUGUAAUAGCAUGGUUGUAUUAAAUGCUGCAACAAUGUCAGGUCUCUGAAACAUUUUAUUUUGUUUUUCUAAUGUUUUAUCACUGUUGUUCUUCCUGCAGAGCUCUAUUAUGUAUUCUUAUAAAUGUAUUUGAAAUUAAGCAGUAGUUUUUGAGGCAUCCUAUUCUAUAGUAAUCUCGUUAAUUCCUGAAAUAAUACUUCUGAAGUUAAUGGUCUCAUGACUGCAAACAGUGGAUUUGUGGUCAACAUUUUACAUUGAUGCUUCACUGGAACUUUAAAAAGUCACCACUACCUUUUAAACAAGAAACAUUUAUGUUUGUUGUGGAUUGAUUUUCAUGGAGGAAGGGCUGUAGCUCAGUGGCACAACAUCUGCUUUGCAUGCAGAAGGUCACAGGUUCAAUGCCCAGCAUGCCUGUGGUUUCCCUAUCUGAAACCAUGGCUUACAGUGCAAUUCUAUACAUGACUAUUUUGAAUUCCAUUUCCCUGGAAUUGACUCCUAGGUAAAUAGAUAUAGGAUUGCAGCCCAAUCUUAUGCAUGCUUUCUCAGAAGUGUCAAAUUAGAUAAGUUUAAUUCCAGUUCAGGGCAAUUUUUGCAGCUUCUAUUUUUAAUAUUUUCCAUCCUGUACUAUUUCCAAAGUAAUAUGUGAAUGUUUAAAGAGAAUUAUGCACAAAAUACUGAAAAGCAAUUACUUACUUUUAAGAUGUAGUCUUGGGGCUGCCUUAAAAAUGUUUUUCUUCUUUGUUAGAACAGUUAAUAUGUGCAUAUGUGCAUGAAGCUGCUAUAAAUUACAGUUGCUGCAGCAGAAGUCUGAAACGUAUGGCUGCUAAAAUACACCUGGGUUGUGACUGGAGCUAACAACAUAGGUUGUCCCAUUGUAAUGCUGCUUCGUUGCUCUUCUAUUGUUUUCUGAUUAUGUGCGCUGCUCUGGAAAAAAAUUAAAUGGCAGGGUGGCAUGUACACUUUUGAAACAGGCAAGCAACAAACAAAUUAAAAAUAUUGAUUGCCCUUUUACUUUAUGUAGACAAAGAUUACAAGGAUUUAGCAAGGAUUAAGACCCAAGUUUAAUAUGUACUAAACUAAAAGAUGAGGUAAUCACAUAUCAAGUUGCUACUGUGCAUUGCAGAAUAAUAGCCAGGUUGACUUCCUCCUGAAAACACUAAGGAUAUGCCUUGAGGCUAAUUACGCAGGUCCAGGUUCUUGCCCGUCAACUUUCUUUUGAAUGUUGCCUUGAGCAGCAGAAUUAUUCCCAGGGCAGGGUUGGGAGUAGCCAACUUGUUGCUAAAAAAGCAAAGAGGAACGAUGCCUUGAUCAGCUAAUUCUUAUGAAUGAAAGGUACUUGCUUAGAGGUCUGCGACUGCAAUUAUUUUGGGGAUAGGGGCAAAACGUUGAGCUGGAAUCAUUCCCAGAGUUACACAACUGGCCCAUGAGUCUGUGGAAUAAAUUUCAUUUAUUCCCCCGUGCUUGGGGAAAGGUGGGGAAAGAUACUGUGUGCUGAAUUCCCAACUGAUAUUUUAUCUCCUCAAAACAGAUAGUAGCAGUUCUAAAGAUGAAGAUUCUGCUCAGGAAAACAACUUGGGUAAAUAUGCUCAUAAUGAUAUAUCAAAUACACGUGCGUUUUAAUGGAAGUUGGAAAAUGCUACCAAUAAUCUAAAAAACUGAACAAAGAAUAAAUAUCAGUAUUACCAAACAACAACAACAACCCAACAGUCUAGAUUUAAGUACAUAAAUACAAAGCAAAGCAAGAGUUAACUGACACUGAUACUGGGCUACCUGCACUCCAAGGAGUCUGGCUUAAAGACAGGUCAGAGGGGAGGUGGUCCUCUCACCAGGCUAGAUGACAUAACAGCUGCCUCUAGUAUCCUUUCUUGCAGCAGCAAAAAUGUUGGAGAGGCCAAUGAUAGUCUCUUCCCCAGGCUCCAGGAAGUACCAGCUGCUGGUGCAGGUCUUAUUCUACAACCUCUUUCAGAAGAGCUGGUAGAAUACUUUUUGCAGAGUGGCACUACAGUGUAUUGGGGUUGUGUUACAGUAUAACAGGGGUGCCCAAACUUUUUUCAAAGAGGGCCAGAUGUGAUGAAGUGAACGUGCAUGGGGGCCGACCAAAGUUUUUGACCUUUUUUAGGGUUGAACUUGUUGAGGUUUUUUUAGGAUUUGAGCCUAAUAAAUAAACUGCCCCAGGGAUUAAGCUUUGGACAUGACUGCAGUAUACGGCUCAAAUUAUUAUUAUUAUUAUUAUUAUUAUUAUUAUUAUUAUUGCCACCUUGUGUUGUGGUCUUAACUGCACCAUUUAAACAGUAAAGCUUUAUGUUAAAUCAUUGUUUCAAAAUUGCCAAGGCUAAAUAGAUUUUCAUUUUGUCAAGGUAACAACAGUUCCCAAAGCGACUCGGAAAGCAGCUCGGAAAGCAAAUCUGGUCAGUAAUUGAAUCAUACCUAUUCUAUAUAUUAACAGUGAAUUUAUUUUCUAGUGUGAAUCUUUAUAUAACUGAAACAGCACCAUUCACAUAUGAGAGGAACGUAUUAAAGGUCGGAGGGAACCCCCAGGGAAGAACACUCCCCCCCCCCAAUUGUCCAAUGGCAUCCCUGCCACACCAUCCCCUACUGGGGGUGGGGAGAGAAACGGAAUGGAUGAUGUCAGACAACAGCAGCUACCUGGCUGGCUGGAACCUUGGUGGGAGCACCCCAUGCUGCAACACUUUGUUGUAGAUCGCACUUGUUUAUAUUCCCUUAAUGUCUCUUUAAAAUGCAUCUUAAAUUAUUGAAAUGACAGCCACCAGAUAUGAAUUUAAGCCACCUGCUUGCCUUUCAUUGGGUAUUCCUUUGCUGCACUUUGUGUGUGCGUGGCUAUUUAUCAGUAAAGAGAAAAAGGGGGAAGAAGGCAAACACGACAUUGUAUUUGUUAAAUAUUGGUGUUUAGCUGGUAGUCACAGCAACAGCAGGCCAUAAAUAUGCUUAGAAAUUGGCAACAAAUGUGGCAAAACAGGAUGAUCAGGAAAACAAUGGGAGGAAAUGGCUCCCCACAGUAACUGGCAAAUGUAUUUUGUUGUUAAUAUCCCUGCACUUAUUUAUACUUUAAACAAAUUGACAUUGCAGUUUAUGUUUAAUGAGGCCUUUUCAUUUACAGAUACAGAUGAGGCAGAUCUAAAUGAACCAAGUGAGUGCUUUUUUAAAUUUUAUCCUUACUUUGAGAAAGAUCUAUAAGAGGAUUCUUGCAAGGUAGUAAAAGCCAUGUGCAUAGAUGGGAGUGAGUGACUUUUGAGUGUUUAUGUUAAGUGGGACAUGAAGUAGUUUAAGGACGAUUCUUAUUGAAAAUUUAGCUGAGACCAUUGUAUAGGGCCAUUAUUGAAUGUACAUAAAAUUCAAAGAAUACCCUUUCAUAAAGCACUAUGGCCCUACAGUUAAAUACAUGGCAAGAUUAAGGAAAGAUGGAGGACCUCAGUGCUACUAGCCAUGAUGUCUAAACAGAACCUCUAUAUUCAGGUCUGGAGAAUUAUCAGGUAUGGGGGAAUCAUGCACAGAUAGGCUCUUAUUUCUUAAAUAUACAAAUGCAAACAAAGCUUUCAUACAAAUAUGUGUUGCAAAUAAUUAUGUAUGCAGGCAUUACAAAUAAUAAUGUUUUACCUGAGAUAAGAAUGAGUGGUGCUGUUUUUUGCAUGCAUUUACACAUUCUUUUCAGUGAUGCCACAACACACUGAAAUUUACUCCCAUAAAGACCUUAGAAGGACAGCUGCCAAUUCCAUCAAAAACCCAUAAAUCUUUUCUGUUCUCGUUUGUUUUUGUUUCAGUUUGUAAUUGAUUGUUAGAUUUCUUUCUUGCUCUGCACCAAAAGGUCCUACAGCAGUUUACAGCAAUUUUUUAAAAACAAACAGUUUAAAACAAAUUGCAGUUACAAGCAUAGGGUGGGUCCUGAACUAGCUAUUGUUGCUGUGAAUUGUAAUGUACCUUGCUGGGUAUGAGUAGCACUGAGUAUGAGUAGCGGUUACUACACUGUUAAACUGAUCGUGGGGAGCAGGUGGCACUGUGGUCUCAAUCACUGAGCCACUUGGGCUUGCUGAUCAGAAGGUUGGCAGUUUGAAUCCCUGUGACGGGGUGAGCUCCUGUUGCUCUGUCCUAGCUCCUGCCAACCUAGUAGUUCGACAGCACGCCAGUGCAAGUAGAUAAAUAGGUGCCGCUGUGGCGGGAAGGUAAACAGCCUUUCUGUGCACUCUGGUUUCCAUCACGGUGUCCCAUUGCACCAGAAGUGGUUUUGUCAGGCUGGCCACAUGACCUGGAAAGCUGUCUGUGGACAAACACCAUCUCCCUCGGCCUGAAAGCAAGAUGAGCGCCACAACCCCACAGUCGCCUUUGACAGGACUUAACUGUCCAGGGGUCCUUUACCUUUUUUAUCUUUUUUAAUUAAACUGAUCAGUAAAGAAUUAUAGAAUGGCAGUACUUCUUAAAUCAGAUUCAUGAUAUACUUCUAAGGCUGUGUGGGAUACCAGUAGAGGAAUGUAUACAAACAAUUCUGCACACUUUUUUUUGUAGUACAGGACUCAGAAUUUCCCAUAACAUGAUGUGUGACCUCUGAGAAAUCACCAAAAUGGAGGGUUAUAGACAUAGGCUCCAUUACUUUACUACUACUACUGUUGUGGUUAUUAUUAUUAUUGUUAUUAUUAUUCAUUUCAUUUCUAUACUGCUUUAUAUUUGUAAGGGAGGGGAAUCUUAAAUCAGUUUGCAACCUACAUUAAAACAUCAAAUAAAAAAAUCCAGAAUAAAACAUUACUGAAGAAAGUCUAAUAUAAAGUAUAUAUUUAAGGACAAUUAACAUUCAUUCAAACAUAAUUAACAGGAAACUAAAAUAUCCUAUAUAUAUUUUUAAAAAACACUACAGAGGAGGUCAAUUGCAGAAUUCACAUUUAGGAGAGCAAAGUUAACAAAAAAAAUCUUAAACAUUUCAAAAGAAAGCUUUACUAAAUGAAGUCAAAUAUAAAAGGCACAUAUGAAACAGAAUAACCAGCAAAAGAAUAAAAUAUUCUCAUAAGCAUAGAACAUAUCUGCUGCUGUAGCUGCAAAUCCUGCCAGUAGUGGUUCAUGGCAGGGGCUGUGGAUGCUCAUUGUCAGGGAAGUGCCAUCGGAGCCAGGAGGAGAGGGAGGGCUCCAGAGGGAUUCCGGAGAGCGUCCCGGGAGGGAGAGAAGCAGCACAUCUUCUGGGGAAGGAAAUCAGCGUAGCACCAGUGGAGAAGGGGGGCAGAAGACUUCCGCACAGAAGACUUCCGCAGAAGACUUCCGCGCAGGGAGACUAGGCGGAAACUAGGCGUCAAAUAACUUAUUUGCUGGAAGAAGUUCAAGAAACGCCCACUGACGGAUUCUGCCAGCGAUUGAGACAGCCACGAGCGAGUGGCUGUCUGGACAGAAAAGGUUCACUCAGGCAACCCAGUCAGGUGUGGCGCCGAUUUACGCACGAGCAACCCCUAGAACCAUUUCAUGUUCAGUGAGCUGAGUCUCCACAAAAAGACAACCAAGACCUGGCUUCCUCAACCUCGGCCCUCCAGAGGUUUUGAGACUACAAUUCCCAUCAUCCCUGACCACUGGUCCUGCUUGCUAGGGAUCAUGGGAGUUGUAGGCCAAAAAACAUCUGGACUGUUGAGGUUGAGGAAGCCUGACCAAGAAAGUCUCUGGCCUCUUCAGCAGCCUCAGCUUUUGUAGCUGGAGUCAGUCUGGGCCCUGCCCUCCCAGGCCAGGUCGAAAAAGGCCUGCAAGGCAGGAGCAGGUCUUCCAGGACUCACAGCCAGCUUAGAUGAGCAGAAGCACUUUAGCCUGGUGAGGUGUAAUUAACGAUGCCAGGUUCCACUGUAAGGGGAAAAGAUAAUUAUCUUAGAUAAUUAUUAUUAGAUUAUAAUCUAUACUAAUAGUAAUGCUGCAAGAAGAAGCACUAUACAGUAUUAUCAAAUAUGAAUAGUGAAGCUGAGAGAAUUGUGGCUUCAUCCCUGUGGCACAAGCAGAUUUGAACAGAUUUUUGCCCAGAAUGUUGAAAGAUGUAUGAUGAAUAAAAAGUGUAAUAUGAUAAAAUGCAAAUUUUAAAACCAAAGGAGCCUUCAAAUAGCCGCGGUGUCACUCAAAAUGUCAUCUUUAGAUAUCUGCGGAGAAGUCUUGCUUCAGUUUAUGAUUCAUUCCAAAUAACGAUGUACAGAAACAAAUCAAAGAUACAGGAUUAUAUUUUUUUGGUUUAUAGAUGAGGAACUGAAAAUGAAAGAAGAACCACCGUUGCAUUGUGUUGAAUCAGGUAUAAUACUUUUCUUUAAGAAUAACAUGUAUCUGACAGGAGGAAGGCUUCUGGUUCCCCCCUCCCAAUAUGAUUUUAAGCAUUUUUUUCAAUUCAUCGUAGACAGAGUUCCAAUUUUUUUAAAAUUUUGUUACACCCCCACCACAUAUGUAACAUCGUUCCUUCCUCAUUAUUAUGCCUCCAGCAUUUGUUUGAUUUCGAUUUAUAAAUUUUUGCCCGUUUAUUAGGGGUCAUAUACCACCUAUAUAACAUUUUAAAAUAAUUCUCUUUAAUUGUGCAACAUGCCAUGAACUUGAUAUCCUUUUGCCAGAACCUUUUCCAGUGUUCUUUCUGUAUUGGGUAACCAAAAUCCAUUGCUCAUUUUAUCAUGGCCUCUUUUAUCUCAUCAUCUUUUAACUCCAAAUCCAAUAAUACUUUGUAAGUCUUUGAUAACAAUUUCCUAUUAUUUUGUAGUAAUUCUUUUUCUAUUUCGGAGAGAUCUUUAUGGAACCCGAUUUUAAUGUCUGAUUUGAACACUUCAUUCAACUGAUGGUACUGAAACCAAUCUGUGUAUAACUGUCUAAUUCCCUCGAACUUUUUAAAAUUUAAGUUGACCCCCUUCUUCCUCCUGGGAAUUAUGAAUAUCAACAUCCCCAAGGGGAAAAAAGAAAGUAUUUUUAUAUGCCACAAUGGUGGCGAGAAUGCUAAUAGCAAAGAACUGGAAAGGGGAUAGUGUUCCAACAAAGGAAGAGUGGCAACUCACAAAUUUUGUGAAUAUUUAGAGUUCACAAGAAUGACGGAGGUACCAUAUUUUUCGCUCCAUAAGGCGCACCUAGUUUUUAGAGGGGGAAUUCAAGAAAAAAAAUUUAUUUAAAGGGAGCGCUGAGCAGAGCCUGUCUGCAUCCCAGGCUCUGCUCAGCGCUCCCUUUCACGAGCCACAUGGAGCGUGUGUGCGGCGCUUGCAGGCUUUUCCCUGAGGAGGGAGAAGGGCAGCCUGUCACUGCGCAGCGCUCUCUCUAGCUGUUCUGGCUUCUGGGGUAGCCCGCGAAGCCUCCGCAGGGCAGCAGGGAGCCUUCAUCCCGCUGCCCUGCGGAGGCUUUGCAGGCUACCCCAGAGCUGCUCAGGAGUGCGGGGCAUCUGCGCACAGCCUGCCCACUGCUCCCAGAGCUUGUCGGGGCUAGCAGAGGAAGCCCGGGUCCCCCCCCCCCAGCCCCGGGGACCACACAUUCACUCCAUAAGACGCACAGACACUUCCCCUUAGUUUUUAAGAGGGAAAAAGUGUGUCUUAUGGAGCGAAAAAUAUGGUAAUUAGAGGCCAACCCACCCAAAAAGCCAAAAAGGAUUGGCUACGUGUAAGAGAUUACAUGAAAAAAACAUUGUUCUCAAGCUAUAUCCUGGUUAUGUUUUGACUAAAUCUUGUAAAGAGUAUAAUGGAAAGAGAAAAAUUUAGGAGAAUUAAAUGAAAUAAAGAGUAAAUAACACAGUAAGAAAAAGAUCUGUAAAAGGAAAACUGCAGUGAAGUCACGGGUGGAAAAAGAUUUGUAUGGAAAGAUGUAUAGUGUAUUAAGUUAAGAAUUUAUGCUGUAGAGAAAUCAAGAAUAUAUGUAUAUGUACAAUUUAUACUCAAUAAAAAUUGUAACAGGAAAAAAACAUGUAUCAGUUUAAGAAACUUCUCUCUCUUUCCGUUUAGAGGUUAAUACCCAUCGACACUGUGAACGCUGCAAGAUCCCACAAGUAGGUGUUUUUUUUUAAAUCCAGAUACGGACUAAUGUUAAAAGUCGUUUUAUAACUCCAGUAUUAAUGUCCUACUAACUUGCUUUUCCCAUUUUUAUUUUUAUUUUAAUAUAAAGAACCAGCAUGAACAAGUAGCUCCCAGAAAGCUUUCUAGAGGACGAUUCUGGUAAGUUUUGAUCAAUAUAAUUGAAAAUUACAUCCUAAAAAAUGGCUUUGUAUUAUUAUUUGUUUGCAUGAUUACACAGUACACAGACAUAUAUUUGGCAAAUCCGAAUGUACACUUGUCUACUAUUGUGCAGUAAAGGAAGCAGAAGAGCAGAAUGGGACCUACAGGGUGGAAAUAAAUGUUGCAUUCUUCCAGUCGUUCUGUCUCUGCAAGCACAAUAGCUUUCCAAACUUAGCAAUCCUCCUUUCUGUCCGUGCCUGUGUGCUGUUCUGGGGGUACCCCUGACCUCCUCCGCAGAGCAAAUUUUGGAGGGCACAUGAGAAGAGGAAGGGGAGGAAGCCCUGUUGUGCAAGGCCAAGUCCUUGCCUGGAGCUUCUGUUGAGAGGGCUUUUUAGGUGCAGCAGUAAAGCGUAUGCCCGUGCUGCCCGGAGUGGUACCCUGCCACACACAGUUCAGGGUAAGAGAGGGCAGGAAAGCUGCUGCCCACUCUCCCCCUGCUCUCUGCUACUGGAUCAGGCCUGAAUUGGCAGCGGAGGUGGAUCUGCUGGGGCCGGGCGCACCUUGCUACAGCAGAGGUGGGAUGCUCUCCUCCCUUGGUCAGGCCUGAUCUGGGGGGGCGGGGGAGAGAGCUGCACCAGGCACAAGCACCGCUGCUAAGGGGAGACGGGGGCAUUUGGCAGGCCCCCAGCUGGCUCCAGCCAUCGGCCGGCAGCCGGGCGAACUCCGGUUCCUGGAACAGCAUCAAUCAGUGACUUGAGUCUCCGAAACGUUCAGAACCUGAGCAAGCUCUUAUCAGCAGAGUGAAUAAAUUAUCACAACGGAAGUGGCGGACAGAGACAUGUGUAAGCAUUAUUUACAGGCGUUUAUUCAGCAUCAGGAACAAAGGGAAAACAUGUCUUCUUCCCUUCGUGUCCAAGCAAACAGCGGCAUAGCAAAAGCAAUAUACAAAUGGAAGUUCCCAUUGCAUGCAGUAGGUCCCAGGUUCAAUCGCAGACAUUUCCAGGUAGGGCUGGGAGGGACCCCUCCCUGUCUGAGACCCUGGAGAGCUGCUGCCAGUCAGUGUAGACAAUACUGACCUAGAUGGACCAUUGGCCUGACGGAGGCAGCUUCAUAGGUUCCUGUAAGCAAAAAAAAAAAAAAAAAGUGCUUUACAAUUUACUUUAUAAAGAAAUAAAUAUUGGUUGACACUAAGGUCAUAUUCAUCCUUUUUUUUAAAGAAAAAGUUCACGUCUCAAGCCAGCGUUUUGUUUGGAUCAGGAAAGUCUGCAAAGGAGUCAGCAUCCUGUUGUAGGGAGAACAGCUUUGAUAAAAUUGGCAUUAUAUAAAUGUAUUUUUCACAUGUAUUUGGAAGGACAAGAAAAUGCAGAGGAAACACAUGCAUAUAUCAUUCCCAUUUGUCAGAGUCGUCUGCGACUGGACUUAACGGUCAGGGGUCCCUUUACCUUUAUGCUGUAUCACGUACUGAAAACUACACUUUAUGUAUCACAUAUGCAGGUUGAAGUUGGACGACGAAGGAAUUUAUCAGUGUACAAUCACAGGGUUGAUCUUUGAAGUAACCAAAGCCGCAGUCAUUGAGUAUUCCCUUUUGUCUUGGACCAAGUAUGCUGCUUACCUUAAAGAUCCCUGGAUUGUCGUGGGCCCCAUAUUUGACGUCAAGUGCAAAUCACCUUCUGUUCUUACUUCCAUUCAGUUUCCACACGCCCUCUGCCUGAAUGGUAAGACUUGCUCAGUGAAUUUAAACAUAUUUGUCUAUCUGCUGGGGCACUUACUCUGCUUUUAGGAAGCGUUAAAAAGCGUUCGAUGUUUCUCUGCAGACCAUUCCUCUGACAUGACCUUCAACGUGUUCCAUUUCAAAAGCAACGGCCCAGAAUUUGAGCGUUCUGCUGAUCACUCAACCACACAUGUCAAAUGGCGUGUGAGCUCCCUGUCCCCUGUUGGCCCAGUUAUUGAGAAAUACGAUCCAGUGUGUUACCACGGGGUUGUUAUUUUAUACAAAGUUGUCAACGACCACCCUUCCUUGAAAUUCCAUGUGUAUGUAGCCGGCAACAACAGCUCGUUUAUAAAGGUAAGAUCAACUUUUGGGCAAUGUCUAAAUCAGUUUCUUUGCUGCCAGCAUGGCAGUUUCCUGUACAGUGGACGCUCGGGUGGCGAAUGUGAUCCAUGCGGAUGCACAUUCGCAACCCACAAAAUUCGCAACCCGCAGCUGCGCGUCUGCUCACACGCGGGUUGCGAUUUGGUGCUUCUGCGCAUGCACGACCGUCAAAACCCGGAAGUAACCCGUUCCGGUACUUCCGGGUUUCGGUGGUCCGUAACCUGAAAAAAUGCAACCUGAAAUGUCUGUAACCUGAGAUAUGACUGUAUUCCAGUGCCCACUGGAGCUGUCAACUCAUGAAAUAAAAAGUUCUAGCAAGUAAGAAGGACCUGGUGGCCGUUCAGGAGGUGAAGGCUUGUAGGACAAGGUGGAACUUAAAGACCCCUGAGGGCAGAGCCUAUAGAAACACUGAAUUCAAUUGGACACUGGAUGAGGAAAAAAGGCUGUCUUUCAACCCCUCCUGUCUGGCAGCUAGAACCUCAGAUCUCAAAACCCUGCUCCCCCACCCCAGUGAGUUGGAAACUCUAGUGUGUGCAGCCAGGAGAACCAUUAGGGUUCCAGUUGCUACAACAGAAUAUUCAACUGAGUACUGCAGAAACUGCUUGGUGAAUCAUCCUUGUAAUUGUUGUAAGAAUCACAUGAUUGUUGCAUUUAAUUUGUUAGAAAGCGAGGGAGGGAACCGCAAUUUCUCAGUAGAUGAAAGAAGUUUAAUAUAUAGACAAAAUCUCCAACAAGUCUAGGUAGAUCUUUGAUUUCUUGACUUAGGCAAUCAUGAUUUAAAAAAAAAGAUCUGUUUUAAUUUUAGGAUGUGUCAAAAACCAUACAGCGCUCUUCCAAUAGAUUCAUUAAAAUUGAGAAACCCCCUUGUCAGAAAUUACUCCAAGUUGGGAAGAAAUACAAAUUAACUAGUGUCCCAGAAGCUGACAUAAACCCUGAGGUAUGUUCUUUAUUCUUCUAUAAUCGGAUUGUCAAGAUGCAUGUCCUUGUCUAAAAGAUGAUGAUAAUUGUCAUUUGUGCAGUGUUCCUGAUACGUUGUGACAUCGUAUACAUGCAUUAUAUAAAAGCUUAGCUAGGAAAACAAACUUUUUGCUUUGACAAAUGGGUUUUCAAUAUUCUGAUAUUCACUUUCUAGGAAAUGGAGUUUGUUGAUGACUCUACGCUAGCACAGAAACAUUUCUUUGAGGUAUAUUUAGAACAACCAACAGAACUUGUGUUAUCUUUGAUGGAUGUGGAGUCAGAAGAAACUGUGUGGAAAGCAAAGCUACGAGAAUGUGAGUUUUCCUUAGACACAAUUCAGUACACAGUAUGUGCCAUUAACAGUGUUUGAUUUAUUUGGGACUUCACUGAUGUUUAAAUCUGUUUCAAUUUUUGUAUAUUGCAUGUUGUUGUUUUCUUAUUUGCAUUUUUCAGAUGUGGUAGAAAGCAGGGUAUAAUUUUUAAAAGCGAACAAAUAACCUGAUUUACAGUUCAGUCUCAUGUACCACUCCCAAGUAAAUGUGCAUAGAGCCUUAAUAAUGAAUUGCAGCCAACAUAUUUGGCCGCAAUCCAAAUGAGACUAUGCAUAUUCCGGUCACAGUCCCACUCACAAACAUAGAGGUUCUUUUUCCUUCUUCUGAUAAGAAAGCUGCCCUCCAAAACAUUGCAGAACUAGAGAAAUUGGGUUCUGUGAAACAACAGAUUCAAGAAAAAAGAAUAUCGGGCAAAAAUAUGGCAUGUGAUGAAGUACGCUGCUGUUAAUGCCGUCUACUUUCUCCCCCAAUCACCAAACUUGGGAAGAGUUUAGAGACUAGUCUGAGGUAUGAGUUUAAGGGAGCAACUCUGCAAAAAAGAAAAGUGGAAGCAUAUAUUGCUAUUUCUGUUUUCUAUCAACAACAAAUAAAAAUAUCAGUGGGAGGAUAUUAUUUUGAAUAGGCAAAUGCUUUAGAUAUACAAUAUUUUUAAAGCACUGUUUCCUCCUGCAUUGUGUACAUUUCCCAUCUUUCUAAAUUAUAUAACCAAUACAGCGGUACCUUAGUACUCAAACGGCUUGGCUGUCAAACAAAUAGGCUCCCAAACGCCACAAACCCAGAAGUAUUUCAGUUUGCAAAUGUUUUUCGGAAGCCAAAGUCCAACGCGGCUUCUGCUUGAGUGCAGGAAGUUCCUGCAGCCAAUUGGAAGCUGUGCCUUGGUUGUCAAAUGGUUUCAGGAGUCGAACAGACUCCCAGAACGGAUUAUGUUCGAGAACCAAGGUACCAGUGUAUACAAAUUUAAAUGAAUCUGUGCAAUUAUUGGCCAUAUUGACACUCAAGCUCCAGCAUUCUGUUUACUCCUUCAGUAGCUGAAAGAUGUAGCGCGCAUGGAACCAAAAGCACUUUUCUCUCAUUUUACUGUCAUUUGGUUCUCAUGCAAUGGCAGUUAUUAGCACAUCAUUUAAUUCCCCAAACAGAAUCCAGUUUCAGUCAAAAGCAAGCUUCCAGAUUCCUAUUUUUCUGUAAUCGCUACUAUCCAAAGCAGGCACCCCCAACCUUCGGCCCUCCAGAUGUUUUGGACUACAAUUCCCAUCAUCCCUGACCACUGGUCCUGCUAGCUAGGGUUCAUGGGAGUUGUAGACCAAAACAUCUGGAGGGCCGCAGGUUUGGGAUGCCUGAUCCAAAGCUAUCAAAACAGUUCACCAUGAAUAGUAUGGACUCACACAUGAGCCAGUAUGGUGCAGUGGUUAAGAGCGGUGGACUCGUAAUAUGGUGAACCGGGUUCGCGUCUCCGCUCCUCCACAUGCAGCUGCUGGGUGACCUUGGGCUAGUCACACUUCUCUGAAGUCUCUCAGCCCCAUUCACCUCACAGAGUGUUUGUUGUGGGGGAGGAAGGGAAAGGAGAUUGUUAGCUGCUUUGAGACUCCUUAGUGUAGUGAUAAAGCGGGAUAUCAAAUCCAAACUCCUCCUCCUCCUCCUCCUCCUCUUCUUCUUCUUCUUCUUCUUCUUCUUCUUCUUCUUCUUCUUCUUCCAUGGAUGAUGCAUUUUCAAAUUACUGAAUUUACACAUAUGAUGAUGCUUCUCUCCAAAUCCAAAUCUCCAGGGGAUAGGUCCCACCAGCUUCAUAUGUUAAUUAGCUUGCUGUUCAGGAUGGACAGCUCCUAUGGUUCUCAACAGAAACCCUCCCAUAAUUAUUUGCAUUCUAUGCUAAGCAUAACAAGCUACACAAGGCAGUCUCUAGGGGUAGGGGUACUGACCACCUGAUUUUUUUCUGAUGCCAUGUGACCAAAUGGUUUUGAAUGUCCUCCAGAAGCCCUACACGACCUUCUGUUUGGGUUUGUAGAGAGUGUUACUUUUAAGGUUGGGCAUUCUUUUUUUUUAACUUGUCAUUUACUUAUAAUACAGUCAGUGAGAUGCAGCUUCUUUUGUGGCUAAAAGCCAUGGAGCAAAGAUAAUUGUAAAAAGUCCUUUGAUUUAUUUUAUUUGUGCUUUACUGAGAAGCGGGGGGAACAGAUUAAUACUUCUUCUUUGUGAGAAUUGUGGCAUAUUCGUUUGCACUGCCAAUUACGCGAUACAGCGGGCCUUAAUUUUCUUUUGAAAAUAUUUCUAUUUAACAGGUGACUGGAUCCUACAUAACCAGAAUAACAAUAAGCAGAAAAGAUCCACUAACAGUAAGUUAUUAUAAAGCAGUACGCAUGAAACAAUCAGCUGGGAACUUCUCCUGUACAAUGUACAGCUCCCAAUUGACUUAUGACUUGUGCAGAAGUUUCCAGUGGGGCUGUUAAAUAUAUUUGCUUAGUUCUUCAGGAUUCCACUACAUGACUAGUGGACAACUAGUGCACAAGUUGCUGAUUUCCCUUUCCUCCAUCUGUAGCUUAGAUUCAAGCCCACAUAUUCUUAUUUAGAAAGCACAACAACUUACGUAUUUUGAAACUAUGUCCUUUGCCAUGUAUUCCUUAGGCACGAGACGACGGAAAUCCAGCACCAGUCUUUCAGAAGAUGAGCUUUGUAACAAACGGCUAAAAGCCAUCAACGCUUCAGGUAAAGGAUUUUGUGAAAUUAAAGAAGAUUAGCAUCAAGCCAUGUUCUAAGCCUUUCAUACUGCAAGGUAUUAAUGUUACAUUUUACUUAACCUGGGUGCAACUACAAUUCCAGCUGGAAAACCCAUGCAUUUGUAUUUGCACAAGGAUUCUGAACACCUAAUUUGAAUGCAGCUAUCUAUAUGAAAGCAUAAAUUUAACCUGUAUAUUACCGUGUCUUUAGGAAUCCACUAGAGGGAGUUCUUCAAUCAUUUCAAUACAUUUUAACAAACCAUAUUUAAAAAAAUUUACGUUGAUCAGUAUACCAAGGUUUGAACUAGAUAAAGAACUAGUUGGCACAGGAACAAAAUCAACCCUUUAACUCCAGUAGAAAAUUGCUCAUGAUGCCAAAGGUAGUAAGAAACUUGCCAUCAUAAUAGGGUUCUCCAUAGAUAGGAUGUACCUAUUUUUGUGGAUUUGUGGUAUCAAAAAGCCUUGAAAAAGAGCCUAUAGGAAAACAGAAUGCUAGAAAAGUGGGUGAUGAGAGAGAUGGCUUAUUUUGAACACAAUGCGACCACACUUGGAAUACUGUUAAAAGGUAAAGGUACCCCUGGCCAUUAGGUCCAGUCGUGGCUGACUCUGGGGUUGCGGUGCUCAUCUCGCUUUAUUAGCCGAGGGAGCCGGCGUACAGCUUCUGGGUCAUGUGGCAAGCAUGACUAAGUCACUUCUGGCGAACCAGAGCAGCACACGGAAACGCCGUUUACCUUCCCGCCGGAGCGGUACCUAUUUAUCUACUUGCACUUUGACGUUCUUUGGAACUGCUAGGUUGGCAGGAGCAGGGACUGAGCAAUGAGAGCUUACUCCGUCGCGGGGAUUCGAAGCGCUGACCUUCUGAUUGGCAAGUCCUAGGCUCUGUGGUUUAACCCACACCUCCACCCACGUCCCUGGAAUACUGUUACCUCACCUCAAAAAGGAUAUUGUAGACCAGGAGAAGGUCCAGAAAAGGCCAACAAAAAUUAUGGAGGUUACAACAUUUGGGGCUUUUUAGUUUAGAGAAAAGGCAAGUGAGAUAAAGUGUACAAAAUUACACACAGUGUAGAGAAAGUGGGUACAGAAAGGUUUUACUUCCUGUCUUGUAAUACUAAAACUUGGGGACAUCCAAGGAUGCUGAAUGUUGGAAGAGUCAGGCCAGACAAAAGAUUUCUUCACACAAGUACUUAUUUACAUGGUUCAACUAAGGAAUGCGCUCCCACAAGCAGCAGUGAUGGCCACCAAUGUCACUUAUAAGAGGAUUAGACAAAUUUAUGGAGGAUAAGGCUAUAAAUGACUACCAGCCAUGAUGGCUAUGUUGUACCGCAGGUGGCUCUGGGCUCUAAACUACUGAGCCUCUUGGGCUUGCCGAUCAGAAGGUCAGAGGUUCAAAUCCCUGCGACGGGGUGAGCUCCCAUUGCUCUGUCCCAGCUCCUGCCAGCCUAGCAGUUUGAAAGCACACCAGUGCAAGUAGAUAAAUAGGUACCGCUGUGGCAGGAAGGUAAAAGGCGUUUCCAUGCACUCUGGUUUCUGUCACGGUGUUCAGUUGCGCCAGAAGUGGUUUAGUCAUGCUGGCCACAUGACCUGGAAAGCUAUAUGUGGACAAAUGCCAGCUCCCUUGGUCUGAAAGCGAGAUGAGCGUUGCACCCCAUAGUUGCCUUUGGACUUAACCAUCCAGGGGUGCUUUACCUUUUACCUUAACCUGUUGUACCUCUAUGGUGGGAGGCAGUAUGUUUCUGGAAAUUCAGAACAGUGCUGUUGCAGUCAGGUUCUGCUUGUAAGCUUCUCAUUGACUUGUCCACUAUGAGAACAGAAGGCUGACCUAGAUGGGAUCUCGCCUUAUCCAGCAGGCUUUUCUCACGUUAUUGUGUAACAUGGGUCUAAAUAACCAGAGAAAUUGAAAAGGGGGAAAGAAGGCAAACUCAUUAUCCUAAACCCAUUGUGACACUGAAAAUUACCAAAAAGUUAUACAAGUCUAAAUGAUGAUGAUGUUGUAAGCCACUUUGAACAGUGGAAAGGUGGCAUACAAAUCAAAUUAUGUAUGUAUAUGUUGCAGGCCUGGAAUGUUCAUUCUCUUUGUGUUUCCUGAUCUGAUAAUUUGUGUGUGUGUGUAAGUUUCUUCCAAAGAAAAGGCAGUGAUUAGCUGCCCCUGCCUAAGAUGGGAAGGAAGCACCCCAAGUUAUAUUUGAAUGCUCUCCUUUCUUCUUCAAGAAUAGAAAUAGAUGGUAAUUUUAAAAUAUCCAUUCCUCCCCCCCUCAGGCCAACUAAAAGCAAUAACGACAUAACAUAGUUGUAUUCUUCUGCUUUUAGAUGGAACGAAAGCUUCAGCAGUACUAACUGAUCAGCAGCUGAUGAUUCUUGCAAAGAAGAUGGGUAAAAACUGGAAAGUAAUUGGCAUUGAAUGCCUUAGCUUGUCCAUCGAAGACAUCCAGCAGAUUGAGGCAAAGGAAGAAGAUGUUAAUAUGUAUAAAUGCAUGAUGUUGCGGAAAUGGAGGGAUUCGGAACAGAAUAAUGGAACUGCCCGCAGUUUAUAUGACUGUCUUAAUGGCCAGGCAUCCCAUGAUGUGCUAGAAAUUCUGACAGGUAAAUAUCAACACUCUUUAUACUUUGUGUAUGAUGUUUCAGAUAUUUAGGGUGAAGCAGAAUAUUUUUAGGAUAGCAGAAGUGGUUUCUAAGGCUGGAUCUAGACACAUCAAAAAAGCGUUUCAGAAAAAUGUGUUGUAAACCUUAAAGUGGGAAAUCACAUUGGCAAAAGAUGGGACUCCACAGUCACAAUGUAAUAACACAUAUAAAACACAUUUCUUUACUAAUGUAGCUGAGUCCAUAGUGCCUUCACUUUAUGGAAAACGCAUCACAUAUAUUUUAAUGGCCUAGGGCAAGCUGUGGGAGCGGUAGAUCCUGCAAAUUUCCAGCAUGUUAAGAGAACAGAUGUUAACGGUAAUCACUUGGGGAGUGUCUCUUCCAUAACCACCAUCCAUUCAACUUCCAGAGCAGUUUUGCAAUUGAUUUUAAAGUGUUUGUGAAUGUAUUUAUUUAUGACAUGGCGAAGGAUGGACACACAUGGAUACAGAUGCCUAUGCCACACGUGGACCUCAGCUUUGUUACUACUGUAAGAGGCAAUAACUGUCUGUUGCGCCACACUUAAAUUCUAAGCAACUCCUUAAUUCUCAUUUAUUUUUGUUUUACAGGUUUUUUAAGAGCAGAUGCAAAGUCAUGAGGAAACAGCAUGAAAAAGAAGAAACAUCAGGAAUGUUCUUCCAUGUACGUUUUACAAAAAAAAGAUGAAAAGGAACUUCGUUGUGCUCUGCAAACUGUUUUAAUCUCUGGAGGGUUUCCAUGAAGUGACAAAGAUAGGCCAGUUGUGGAAACUUUGGAGAAGAAGAAGAAAGAAGAAAAGCAUGUGGAACUGUGAACUCAUGCAAAUGCUUAUCUACUUGUUGCUUUUUUACACAUGACUUCCCAGCCUGCCCUGCUGUCGGAGAUUCGGCCUUCAUGCGUGUUUUACCCGUGCAAGGAGAAUUAAUGCCUUCCAAAACCCUCUCAGGUCUCCUUGGGUUGCACUGCCUGGAUUAACUGCGAUCUUCGCUAUCUUGUCUUCCACGUUCAUACCAGAGUUCAGGGACGGACUGUGGUCUUUCACAUUUCAGCAGUCAAAAUUCACUGCCCUCUGCCUGUCACCGUUCUGCUCAAUUCACUGUCAUAGUUGCGAUGCCCUGUGGCUCCCCUAGGCUUGGAAUUCUCCUGCGGCAGAACUGGUUGUGCUGCCCUAAAUCCAUCUCUGCAGCGUUAUGCAUCAGACACACACCUGAGAAGGGAUUUUUCUACACCCCCUUUGUGAAGAUACAAACAGGUUUGUCUUUUCACUCCCCAUGGGUGCAAUUGCACACACUGUGGUUCUUCAUGCUUUCCCUCCGCAGCAUUCCUGCUAUAGACUUUCCCAGUCCCUUGUUGAAGGGAAUGAGAAGAGACUGAAAGCUUCCACUUAGACCUAUUAUGUACAGUGGUACCUCGAGUUAAGGGAGGCGGGUGGCGCUGUAGGUUAAACCACAGAGCCUAGGACUUGCCAAUCAGAAGGUUGGCGGUUUGAAUCCCCAUGACAGGGUGAGCUCCUGUUGCUUGGUCCCUGCUCCUGCCAACCGCUCUGGCUGGAAGGUAAACGACGUUUCCGUGUGCUGCUCUGGCUCGCCAGAAGCGGCUUAGUCAUGCUGGCCACAUGACCCGGAAGCUGUACGUCAGCUCCCUUGGCCAAUAAAGCGAGAUGAGCACCACAACCUCAGAGUCAGUCACGACUGGACCUAAUGGUCAGGUGUCUCUUUACCUUACCUUGGGUUAAGAACUUAAUUCAUUCUGGAGGUCCAUUCUUAACCUGAAACUGCUCUUAACAUGAGGUACCACUUUAGCUAAUGGGGCCUCCCGCUGCCGCCUCGCGAUUUCUGUUCUCAUCCUGAAGCAACGUUCUUAACCCGAGGUACUAUUUCUGGGUUAGCGGAGUCUGUAACCUGAAACGUCUGUAACCCAAGGUACCACUGUAUAAUGCUUUGAGCCACACUGAAGUCAUAGGUGGUUUUGAAACUGCGCACCGAACAAACAUAGGGCACCUCAGAACCUUAGCAGGAGUUGCUCAGUGACAAAAGUGCUAAUGACAAAAAGCUCUCCGAUGAGCAACUUGAUUACAGUUUCUAGUAACUGUGGGGCAUGCGGGGCACACUUUCAGGUAUAUGUGGCACAACAGACCUCACAGUCAGCUCCAGGUGUUGUUUUUUUGUUGAGGGGAGUAGGAAGUACAGCUUGGCAAAAUACAGACUUAGGCAACUCCCUUCCCCAACAUGUCACGCUAUUGAAAAAAUUAUGUACCAAGAAAAGCUGGAUUCUGAGACCUUUAUACGCAAUCAUUCAAACAUAGCAAAUUUGCUUAAAUUCUAUUUAGCUGUUUUAUAUAAGCUGGUUUUAUUAGCCAUAGGGUGGUGGUGGGUAAGCAAGCAGUGCAGGUCACUGAAGCCCUACCCUGAGAAAGACUUGAAAUAUCCAACCAUUUCUCUGGCGUCUGACAUUUUAGCAGAUGUUCCUUGCAAACUAUAUUUUUUAUAGCAAUGAGGAUUAGAAACUUACCUUUCUGAAAAGAGUGAGACUCUCAGGAAGAUGAGUAUUCUGCAUUCAACGCCACACUUUGACUAUUUAAAAAAUGCUCUUGUUGAAUUAUGGUGUACGUACAACCUUGCUCUUUGUCUAAGAGCUUUCUAAUACCGUAUUGGCCUGAAUAUAAGCCUCAAAUUCUGACCAUGAAAAGUUAAAGUGCGGCUUAUAUUUGUGACCUUGCUGCGGGCAAAGCAGCAGCAGGAGUGUGGCAAAACAGUGCCCGCCCCACGCAUAGACCCCCAACCUCUCUCCCAAGGACGAGAAGGGAGAGAGUGAGGAAGGGGGAAGGCUAUCGGCAACGCAGCGUGGCUCCCCCCCCCCCGCCCAGUAUGCAGCCAGGAGCUGCGAGGAAUGGAGUGGCUUAUAUUCGGGUACUUUUUCUUUCCCCCUCCUCCAAUUGUAAAGGUGCAGCUUAUAUUCUGGUGCAGCUUGUAUUCGGGCCAAUACGGUCAUACUUGAUAGUAGAUUCAUCAUCCCCAGUAAAGUGGCAAUACUGUUGUUGUUUUUAAAGGAUGCAAAACGCUGUGAAUCAAGUUUUAGAUCCUCAAGGAGUCAUGUAGUAUCAAACUCUACUGCGCUUGGGACACAUCAUGUAGCAUAAAACCAGCAUCCACACACUGCCUGUGUCCUUUUAGAAGGGCAGAGUAGCUCUAAUCAUUGUAAAACCAUUUUACAGUUCAGCAUUGGCACUACAGGAAGAUUUUGCAUCUCUCUGGGAAUGUAAUUUACAUGUCGCCCCCCCCCCCCAAAGGUCACCCAUUUCUUAUGUGGUACAUUUCUGUGUUGUACAUAUUUCCUUGGAAACAGACUUGACUGUAUGUUGUGUUAAUCCUUUUUUUAAAAUACAAAAUAAAAAUUGUGUCAAUCCUUUUUUAUUUAAUG